AUGAGUCGCCGCCCCCCGCUGCGGGCGGUGAUGAUGUCACAGGACGCCACGACCAGCCCGUCUCUGGGCGCCCCGCCGGAGGCAGUCAAUGCACCUCGUAUACGCCCAGGUCUGCUUCACCACUCCGAGUGUGACACCAGGUGUGACACCAGGUGGGACACCAGGUGUGACACCAGAUGUGACACAGAGUGUCGCACCAGGUGUGGGACCAGGUGUGACACCGAGUGUGACACCGAGCCACACCGGCCAGUCCAGGACAGGAGACCUGCCCCCCCUCUGAGACCCCCCGACACAGAGACCUGCCCCCCCUCUGAGACCCCCCGACACAGAGACCUGCCCCCCCCUCUGAGACCUGCCCCCCCUCUGAGACCCCCCUCUGAGACCUGCCCCCCCUCUGAGACCUGCCCCCCCUCUGAGACCCCCCGACACAGAGACCUGCCCCCCCUCUGA